AGAAAGCGAACGAUACUCCUCUCUCUCUCUCUCUCUCUCUCUCUCUCUCUCUCUUUGCGAUACAUAUUCAACAAUGGCGACGACGAAGGAGGGUGCGGAGAAGGGGGAGGAGCCGGCGCUGGGAAUCCCCUAUCCCUACUCCUCCGGCGCAGCUCCGGCGCAGGCGGGGGCGGCGGUGGCGGCGCCGGCGCCGGCGCCGGGGCACUACUACUACGUCGGGGAGAACCCGUACCAGGCGGGGAUGAUCCCCCCCAACGCGGUGGUGGGCGACCCCAAGGGGAUCCCGCUGCGCCAGACGAUGUUCGGCGACACCCCCGCCCCACUCCAGUGCCCCCUCUGCGGCGCCUCCGGCCUCUCCACCGUCAGGUCGAAGCCGAGUUUGGCGGCUGUGGUAGCAUGCAUGAUGCCGUUUAUGCUGGGAGUGUGCUUCCUCUGCCCCUCAAUGGACUGCCUCUGGCACAAAUACCAUUACUGCCCUAGCUGCGGCGAAAAGGUUGGUGAGUUCAAGAAAUUGGAUCCGUGUCUCGUGGUCGAUCCGACUCGCUGGAACGAGCCGAGCUUUGCGGUGCCUGCAUAGUGCGUAAACUAAACCGUACUCUCUUCAGUUUCCUGUUUUGUUCGCUCGUACUUUGAAUUCUCCUGUAAUGGGGCUUGUAUAUUUUGGUUCUCAGCGUACACAUGACCUGCAACGAUAUUGUUAACAGUGUAUUUCAUGUAUAUUUUUCGGAAUCU